AUGGAGGACAGCAGGGAAGAUGGCAAAAUAAGCUUGCGGUUCGUCACAACCAAUCGUGGCAAAGUGGACUUCUUGCGGGUCGUCCUGGAAAGUGCAGCGGCGGAUAGCAUCCUGCAGUCGGUCGAGAUGUGCGACGUGGAGUUGCCAGAGCUCCAAGCAGACUCCGUGGCCAAGAUAUGUGCAGCAAAAACUGAGGCAGCUUUCCGUCUGCUCGGUGGGAAUGUGGUGGUGCAGGACAGUGGCUUCGUGAUCGAAGCUUUGAAUGGCUUCCCAGGGCCGUACACAAAGUAUGUUCUCUCAACUAUUGGCGUGGACGGGCUUCUGAAACUUAUGGAUGGGCAGCUGAACCGCCGAUGUGGCUUUGCCGCUUGCGUUGGCUUCGCAGAUGCUCGAGGCAAAGUUCACAUUUUCGAAGAGCCGACGCAGUACUUCGGCAAUUUGCGGGCGUCCAGAGCUUCCACUGAUAAGUCUGAGGGGAAUGUCGUCGGUAGAGCCUGGGGUCAUGAAUCUGGCCAGCUCUUCGAAGUUUUCAUACCAGACGAUGCAGUGGACGGUACUGACGGUCUGACUUUGGCAGAGAUGUCCGAGAAGCAGCUGACCAUGUAUCGGCAACAUCGUCACUCUGCCUUCCAGGUCUUCGCAAACUGGCUGCUGAAGGAGUAUGGGCAGAAAUCGACGUCUGUCGUGACACACGGCUAA